AUGUCCGGCCAGCACCUGGAGGUCGGGAUAUCCCAACCUGAACUCCUCACGAUUCUCCUCGCCACCGGAUCCUUUCUUCCGCCUAACCGUCCCGCCGCCUGGGAUGACGUCACCGUCCUCUGUCCCUCUCAACCGCUCCUUCAGCACCCCGUGCCCCCUCCCGUAAACCGCCCACCCGCACCCCCGCAGCGCCUCCGUGUGGAACGCGUCAGAGGCCCGCCAUCAGUCUCGGCGUCUCUCUCCGUUCCAGGUGCGCGAUCGCCAGCCGCUUCGGUUCUGACCAAGCUUCAGGAACUCGGAAGCGUCCAAGAUGAGCUCAGAGCGAAAGAGAGUGAGCUGCGGGCCGUCGACAGGGAAUCGGCGGGGCUGAAGAGUAUCGCUGAAAAAUAUCGCCGGUUGAAACAGCAGUGGGAGAUGAAGUCUGAGGAGGCAGAGCUAUUGCAGACGAAGCUUCAGCAGAGCUCCUAUCACAAGCAGCAAGAAGAACUGGAUGCCCUCGGGAGGAUCAUCGGGGAAAGUGAAGAGACCCUAAAGAACACCAAAGAGAUCCAGAAGAAGGCGGAAGAAAAGUACGAAACGUUGGAGAAGAAAAUGAAAAAUGCGGAGGCUGAACGGGAGAGAGAACUGAGAGACGCCCAGAAGCAACUGGAUGGUGCCAAAAAAAAGGCAGACGCCGCUAAUAAAAAAAUGAAAGACAAGCAGCAGGAAGUCGACGCCAUCACCCUAGAGCUGGAAGAGCUCAAGAGAGAACAGACUUCCUACAGGCACCAGAUCGAUGCCGUAAACGAAGCGAUCAAAUCCUACGAGGAGGAGAUUGAAUCCGCGGCAGCCGAGGUGGCCAAGAACAAGGAAUCCGUAAAGAAAGCCCAAGAAGAGUUGGCCAAGCAGAAAGAAGUCAUCGCAACCCAGGAGAACAUCAUUAAAGCCAAAUGUGCCACGGCGGCAGAAUACGAGGGCCAGAUCAACGACGCUCAGCUUAAAGUCAGAGAGGUGGAGCACAACAUCAGUAAACACAAGCGAGAAUCCGCAGAAGCCGCUGCCAGGGUGUCGAAAAUGCUGAAGGAUCACGACUGGAUAGCUUCGGAGAAACGGCUUUUCGGCCAGCCCAACACCGUCUACGAUUUUAAAACUACCGACCCCAAGGAGGCAGGUCAGCGGCUACAGAAAUUGCAGGAGAAGAAAGAGAAGCUCCAGAGAAGCGUCAACAUGAGAGCCAUGAACAUGCUCACGGAAGCCGAAGAGCGGUAUAACGACCUGAUGAAGAAGAAAAGAAUCGUCGAAAAUGACAAGACCAAAAUUCUCGCGACCAUCGAAGACCUGGACGAGAAGAAAAACGAGGCCCUGAAUAUUGCUUGGCAAAAGGUGAACGGUGACUUCGGCUCCAUUUUCUCCACUCUUUUACCCGGGGCCAACGCCGUGCUCGCGCCCCCGGAGGGAAAGACGGUGCUGGACGGUCUGGAGUUCAGAGUUGCCUUGGGAAACAUCUGGAAGGAAAACCUGACCGAGCUGAGCGGGGGUCAGAGGUCUUUGGUGGCCCUGUCCCUGAUCCUAUCCAUGCUCCUCUUCAAACCGGCCCCCAUUUACAUCCUCGAUGAAGUCGACGCGGCCCUCGAUCUCUCCCACACCCAGAACAUCGGCCAGAUGCUCCGUAGUCACUUCAGACGCUCUCAGUUCGUCGUGGUGUCCCUGAAGGACGGGAUGUUCAACAACGCGAACGUCCUGUUCAAGACCAAGUUCGUGGACGGCGUGUCUACGAUAUCCAGAUACGCCCAGCCUCAGAACGGGAACAACAACGUCACGGCCCAGCAGAGAGCGGCCGAGAAGGCGAAAGCGAAGGCCGCCAAGCGCGGGCCCCCCCUGGAGGCCUGAGGGGCGCGAGGGCCCUCCCGGGGGGACCUCCGCCGUCCGCGCUUUCCGCUCUCGCCUUUCGACGCCGUAGUGACCGUGGGGGGUUUUAAUCCACUUCCGGCGAUCGCGAUUCUGUCGAUCGGGAAGCCCCUUUUAAAAACGAACUGUACGUAUAUUCCAGCCCUAGGUCCUAUCUCGAUCUUUUCCUCUUGACCGUCCGCUUCGCGCGUUUGGUCUGGUCGAACCCGGCCGCCGACCCGAAGCGACCGACGGCGAGGCGGCCCCCGGGGGCGUCGACGCUCCCGCGCGCUACUUCUCCGGCGGCGAGAGGACCGGGGCGCGGCCUCCCUCACGGCCCCUCGUCCGGCUCUCUGACAACCGCCCCCCCCCCGGGGACCCGUGGCCCGCCCUCCCGUCGACCGGCGGGGCCGGGCCGUCCGCGCUCGGGGACCCGAGCCGAUCCGGGAGGCGAGAACGGCUCUGCCUCGAAAGAGGACCGCGGAGGGGAGAGGCGGGCUCCGGCGCGCACGACGACCGAGGGGCCGUCGCCGAGGCCCGUGCCGUCGUCAGUCGCGUCGGGGAGGCCGGACUCCGAGACCCUAGCCGUACCCGGAGGGGGCGGUCAGUCGUGAUCAUUUUAACGUUCUUUUAACGUAGACUUCGCUCUCUCCUUUGUCUCGCGUCGCCAAUAAACUAAGUUGAAAAACGAAA